AUGGCGCUGCGAACCUUUGGCGCUCUGGCGCUGUCCGUUUCCGCGGCCUCGGCCUUCCAAGGCACCUCGCCUCUUUUCCUCAUGUCCACGUCCAACGGACUCAGCGACUUCAAUGCCGCCAGCGGGCAGCUGACCAGCUCGUCGCACGCAUCGCAGGCCGUGGAGAAGUUCCUCUCCAACUGCCCAUCGGACAGCUACGUCGUCGUGAACCAGCCCGGCGUAACUGCGGAGGACUUCUCGACGAACUGGGCAGCACCGAUCCUGGGACAAAGCCUGAAGGGCAGCCAGGACGACGCAAGGAUUGCGAGCAGCGGCAGCAUUCGGGAAGUGGUGGGCGGCAGCGACGCGGAGAGCAUCGUGGCCUACGUCGAGAAGCAGUGCAAGGCCACGCGGAUGCACGUCGACGCUAGCAGCGGCUACAUCUCGCUCGACGACGCCACGCCCCGCGUCAUCAAGCUGGACUUCACCGCCCCGCCGACGAGCCUCGACGAGCGCGCCUCGGCCCUCACCGAGAACGACGCCUUCCUCGCUGCCCUGAUGAAGAGCGUGAGGGAGGGCAGCUACAGCGUCGUCUACGCCACCACCCCACCGUCUGAGAAGCAGAUGCCCCCGCCCAAGCAGCAGCACCCCAUGAAGGGCUACGAGAUGGACGAGCAGUUCCCCGCGGGCUACAAAACGGAGAUGAAGCGCGAUCUGACGGCCAGCCGCGGUAACGCUACCGCUGACGUUGCCCUGUUCGAGAAGUACAUGUUCUUGUCGCCAGGCAUCUUCAUGGGCCUCAGCGUCACCAUCCUCCUCUUCCUCAUCCUCUACGUCGGCAUCAGCGCCGUCGCCGGCCUCGAGGUCUCCUACUUCGCCUUUACGAAGGAGAUGGGCCCCGCCGCGCAGAAGAAGCAGCAGUAG